CGCCUUGCGCAUUCCAGAAUGGCGACGCCGCCCUUGACGCCGCCGACUUGGGCAAACGAAGUUCCGAGAGUGUACUGUCAUCAAAUCCUUUUAAUUCCCUCGCUGUGGUCAUUACUUCUCUACGUACAACUACUUUAACUGUUGGCAAUGAGGUAGGAUGAAGUGGAGUGGGUCAGGUUACACUUUCCUGUCUAAAAUUAGGGGAACUGCGCUGACGCAAGAUGGCUAAACUCGGUCUCUAUGUGUGACAGCGGGAACAAGACCGUGGAUCCAUGGAAACCUACCCUGCCAUUUAGCUGUUGUUGAUGACUGGUUGUAUUUUUAGACUUUGUUGUCAUCUUUCCGUAACACUUGGUGUCCAGCAUAUGGUAUAAAGGCGAGUCUUUCAAAAUGCAGCUGUACAGCAGUGCGUUGACACACUAUCCCGGAUCCUCUCGCAAAGUUUCGAUAACUAUCGCAAGUGGUACCACUACCGACCAUUUGUCCAGAACAACAACGAGCUCCUCUGUGAAUAAUAAACCGAGUGGGCCUACUCCAGCAGACACAAACGGGAAUACUGUAGGAGAGACUCAAUCUACUGCAAACAUGCCUGCUGCUGGUUUUUCAUGUUACGAGGCUGCUUCCAUGAAGCCAGUCUACUACACUUCAACCGCAGAGAUAAUUAUUCUUCGGCCUGACGGAGCUGAGAGAUCCGUACCAGUGCACAUCCUAAAGGAAACCCAAACCAAACGGUCUCCAUCAGACUCAUAUUCACAAGAUAUCCUGAUUCAGCCACGUGACCGAGAGGAUCAUUUGGAUAGAGACUUGAUUGUGGACUUCAUUGAUCACUUCAGAGGUAGAGGGGAUUUUUUCAGUGAUAGUCAAAAGGUCGAACGUGAAAAUAACCUGAUCAAUUUUGACAAGAAAGAUGGACCAAGUUACAGAAAGUGUGAGGAGAGAAUGAACAUGGCAAAUGGGGAAGGAAAUACUGUUACCAGUGACCUUGUUAGCCAAAAACCCCAUCAGAACUUGGAGGCCCUGGCAACCCAUUUGGGCCAAGGCAUCUUGGAUUCCUGUGAGAAUAGAAAUGACAGUGAAUGUGCAGACCUGGACUUUCCAUCUGGCGAGGCACAGCUCUUUGAGCUCAAUGUCCUACAGGAGCCCUCUCCACGGAGAGAAGCAGAGAAAUGUGAGGAUGACAAAGUGACGCGUUACAUUGCGGAAGUGGAGAAACAGAACAAAUACCUUCAGGAGAAGGUACACAAGUACAGAUUCCACAUCAUCCCUGACGGCAAUUGUCUGUACAGGGCGGUGUGCAAAGCCACCUAUGGAGAGCAGUCUAUGCACAAGGAGCUGAGAGACCAGACAAUGCACCACAUAGCCGACCACCUGGAUGAGUUUAACCCCAUCAUUGAGGGGGAUGUCGGCGAGUUCCUGAUCAACGCAGCGCAGGACAGUGCCUGGGCAGGCUAUCCGGAGCUUCUGGCGAUGAGUCAGAUGUUGAAUGUGAACAUUUACCUGACCACUGGAGGUAGCUUGGAGAGUCCCACGAUUUCAACCAUGGUGCACUACCUGGGGGAAGAGGACUCGUCCAAACCCACUGUCUGGUUGAGUUGGCUCAGUAACGGACACUAUGAUGUCCUGCUGGACAGGUGUGCGGACAACCCAGAGUAUGACGAGUGGUUCCGUCAUUCUCUGAUGCAAAGGAAACGGGACGAAGAGCUGGCCAAGUCGAUGGCAGCGUCACUGUCUAAAAUGUACAUUGAACAAAAUGGUCACAUUUGAAACCAAUAGUUAUCCGAUUGCUGCAUUUAAAUAUUACUGUGUGUUACAGUAGGCUAGCUGUUACGAAAUGGGCCAAUCAUCUCUGCUGAUAGUAGUGGUGCCUCUGUCAUCUGAGGUCUGAGAGGGCCUCAGUCAGCACCUGGGGCCCCUGUGCUAAGGACAUCUCCUCACAGCCCAGCUCACGACUCACCCUGAGCUCAUAUACUCUCUCUCUCUCUCUCUCUCUCUCUCCCUCUCCCUCUCCCUCUCUCUCUCCCUCUCUCUCUCUCUCUCUCUCUCCCUCUCUCUCAAAAUCGAUUGCACUUUAAUAAUGUGUGUGUGACUUCAACAUUGCCUUAUUCAUUUAUUUUUCUAUGUUUUGUAUUGUAACUGAAUUGAAGUGCAGCGCACAUGUUAAAUGUAGAUAUUUUUGUUGUAAAUACUCUAAAUGUCAGAAAUGACACUUGAAGGAGAUUAGGUGAUUUUUUUUUCUAUAGGCUACAUUAAUGCGUUUUAUGUUUGAGCACUUAGGUGAGACUAUUUAUUAGGUUUUUGACUGGUUCAUUGACAGUUAUUUUUGUAUUAUUACAUAUAACAGUUAAGCUGUGUUGCUAAGCUUUAUGCCUUUGUGAGGUGCUUGGAGCACAAACAGCAACAUUGUUUUUAAAUAAUAAUUUAAUAAUAAUAAUUUGUAUCCAGGCUGUAUCACAACCGGCCGUGAUUGGGAGUCCCAUAGGGCGGCGCACAAUUGGCCCAGCGUCGUCCGGGUUUGGCCGGUGUAGGCGUCAUUGUAAAUAAGAAUUUGUUCUUAACUGACUUGCCUAGUUAAAUAAAUAAAAAUACAUCUAUUUUGAAAUAAACACUUUUGGUGUUCAUUUUACUUUCUGUCUUACAUUGACAUUAUUUAAAUCUCCAUGCAAGAUAAUGCUCACACACACAACACACACAAACACUUUCUAUCUAGACAUGGAAUAGAAUAAUGGAAUAAUCUCGGGUGCUGUUAUUGAGUAACAAUACAAAUUUAUGAGUUUAUGUUUUGCUUUAUUCCCCUGCAACAACCAUUAGAUGGCGUAUUAGACCCCUCAAUUGAUUUGUUUCAAAGGAUUGAUUGAAACAUGGCGAGGUAGGCUAUGAGGUCGAACUAAUUAUAAUUUCACGUGGUAUUUAGAUAGACUCACAGUAGCCUAUCCUACACAUAGUGUCAAUACGCAUACACUAACUGGUGUGUGCAAAGGAACGUUUACUCACGUAGCCUCCUGGAUACCCCCCCCCCCCCCCCGCCCCAUGCCAGAACAUAAUUACCGUUCUCCUAGCAGCA